AUGCCUUUCGUUAGACAAAACCACAUCAAUUCUGUUCGACCACUGUUUGUUACGCGACCAACGAUUGUAUGCCAUUGGGCAAAUCGACUCCAUACCUCUACCGAUACAAGAGCGACUCUGUUGCCUAAUCAUCCGGAGCUCAAUGACCAGACCGCCAGUGAUCGCAUUCUGAAUCAAUACCACAAUCAAUGUGCGACUCUAGGUGUAGGCCGGAGUACCAGACUCCAGGAUAUUUGCGUUCGACGACCUCAACUGGAGCAUUUUGUUCGCCUGAGAUCUGAUGCUACAGCAGCCCUCGUCUUGAAGCACGGAUCUUCGACGAAGCUAUUCAAACAGUACAAAGAAUGCGAAGACUGGUUGAGGAGGAACGCGCCAAAAGUCAACUUUGCUUACGAAGCAGAGAGGAAAGCUGUUCUGGAACAGUACCCGAAGCUUGCGAUAGCGGUCGUGAGGGAAGGCAUCCUGAAGCAAUACGAGAUCGAAAGCGAAAGGAUUCUGGUUCCAAGGAGCGCAGAAGAAGGAGCCGACCAACCGAGAGAGUUUGUCGCAGGCAUUUUACAUAGUGAAAAGCGGCAAUUUUGCGAACUGGCGCUACAUUACGUCGCGAUACAUCUGAUCGACAAUCCUAUUACUACCGAGGAUGCACUCGAAAAGUGGAAGGCCGACUAUCAACGAUGUCAAGACACCCUCGCGAAGGUGUCGUUGAUCCCAUAUAAGGAAGAAAAAUCAGAGGCUUUGGAGAAGUAUCCCGACCUCAAGGAUCUCGAUGCGUGUCGCACAACCAUAAGUGAAUAUAAUAAGCUUCUCGAUGUGUUGGCAGAAAAAGAGAAGCAAGGGACCAAGCUCUCUGCCAAAGAUUUUGAGGGGAUCUUGAGCUCUGGAUUGAAGUCUAUAGCUGCACAAGCCUUUCUGCCUGGUGCUGAUCAAGUCGAGCGUAGGAAGAAAAGACAAGAACAUCGUGAAUACUUUCUAUCCGAGUUGGAAGUCAGUCAGGCAAAGGAGAAAAAACUCAGGCUCUGGUUCAUUCUAGACAUUACGUGGCUCGGCGAAUUUGUUGGACUUAUAUAG